AUGGUCGCCAUGGAAAUAUCUCCGCGGAUACGGAUGCUGAUUGCGGCCAUCUGCGUUGGUCUUGCGAGCGGUUCAAACUAUGGAUACUCGGGCUACGCGCCCCAGCUCGCCUCCAAACUCAGCCUGAGCAGUACGCAGAUCAACCUCGUCGGGCUUGGCGGCAACCUCGGCGUCUAUCUCUCUGGGCCCGUCUGGGGCCGCAUUAUCGACCUCUACGGUCCGAGAGUGCCGCUCGCUUGUGCUGCCGCUCUCAACUUUGUUGGGUAUCAUGGCGCGCGCGCAUUCUACUACGGCACACUGCCGGUCGGGGGCGACGACGGGCCGUCUUCCCUUGGCGUGACUACGCUCGCGAUGACGCUCUUCUUCACGGGGUUCGGGGGGAGUGCUGGGCUCGCAGGAGCGAUGAAUACCGUCGCCCGCAGUUUUCCGGAUAGGACGCGCGCGAGCGCUACGGGAUCGGUGCUCGCUGGCUUUGGGCUCAGUGCUUUUGUCUUCUCUGCGCUAGGCCACGCAUUAUACCACGACGAGGCAGGCGGCCUCCUCCUUAUCCUGGCGUGGGGCACGAUGCUGCCCAACCUCGUCGGCACCUUUGUCAUUCGCCCAUACCCUCCGCAUGAAGACUCGUCCGACGAAGACCACACCGACGACGAGGAUCUCGUGCAUCAGGCAGCCCUGCUCGAGCCGGGGCAGGAACUCCCUUACCGGAGUCACGAGCGCAGACCCGACGUCGAGCUGGCCGACGAGCCCAGCCCGUCUGAUCCGCUCCUUCCGCACACUCCCUCACGGGCAGACUCCCCGGGCGACUUGCAGACGCCUUCGCGUACGCCGCGCACGCGCACGCCUGGGUCACGGAAGCGCCGCGGCUCAACAGCGAGUCUGCCGCCAACCGAGAUUCAUAUUGGCCCGCCGGCGCUGUUCCGCGAGACCGACUUCCUGCUGCUGUUCUCGAUCCUGGCUAUUCUGUGCGGGGUAGGGCUGGAGUGGAUCAACAAUGUCGGCGCCGUCACGCUCGCGCUCGCCCGAGACGGGUGGGAUUACGACAAGCAAAAGGUCGGCGCCAUGCAGGCGUCACAGGUCGCGACCAUCUCCGUGUUCAACUGCGCUGGCCGUAUCCUCGGAGGCGCGUUCAGCGACCUCAUCAAACAUCGCUUUGGUGUGCGCAGGAUAUGGUUCCUCCCGCUCGUGGCGCUAAUGUUUAUUGGUACCGAGGUGGCAGUGCUGGCGACAACCGAUGUGGACCGGCUGUGGAUGGUAUCCGCAGCGCUUGGCACUGCGUACGGUGCACUCUUCAAUGUCCUACCCAUGCUGGUCCUCGAGUGGUUUGGGAUGUCCCACUUUGGUCAGAAUUGGGGCUUUACGAGCAUGGCGCCGGCGGUCGGCGGUAACAUGUUCCUUACGCUCUUUGGGAAAGUGUACGAUGCGCACUCUGUCCGUCGCAUAGGUGGACCAGAGCUAGCGCCUGCGUCGGUAACUAGGAGCAUCGGUGUUCAUCGGUUUAGCCGUAUAAACGAGCGCUCAGGAGAUUCCGUCCAGGCUCUUGCCGGCGCAACCGAUGCCCACGAAUGCCUCGUGGGCCGCGAAUGUUACGCCACCGCUAUUCGCGUCAGCGCGUUGGCAUGUGUGUUGGCUCUCAUACUGAGUGUGAUUGCGGGGAUCCGACGCGAGCGUACGGCUGCGGCGCGCGGGAGGCGUGUGGCAUGA